AUGAUGACGAACAACUAUCGGAAAUAUAUCCUGAAGGACGGUACAGUCGACAUUUGUCGGGCAUGCCGCCGUCCCGGAGAGUCACUCAGGCAUAUCAUUUCCGGUUGUUCUCAUCUUGCUAACGGCGAGUACUUGCACAGACAUAAUCUCGUAGCCAGGAUUAUUCACCAGCAGCUUGCUCUUCUAUAUGGUCUUGUGGACCGCGAAGUACCGUACUACAAGUAUUCACCUGCGCCAGUUCUCGAGAAUGGUCGUGCCACGCUCUAUUGGGAUCGAUCUAUCAUCACUGACAGGACUAUUGUAGCCAAUAAGCCUGACAUUGUGAUAAUAGAUCGAGCGCAACGCCGGGCCGUGCUCGUUGACAUCACCAUCCCCCAUGAUGAGAAUCUCGUGAAAGCCGAGAAGGACAAGUCCAGUAAGUACCUAGACUUGGCUCACGAGAUAACCGCCAUGUGGGAUGUUGAUUCGACGAUCAUUGUCCCGAUAGUUGUUUCAGCGAACGGUCUAAUAGCGAAGAGUCUCGACCAACACCUAGAGAGACUCUCGCUGGGUGGUUGGAUCAAGGGUCAGAUGCAGAAGGCGGUUAUUUUGGACACGGCGCGUAUAGUACGUCGGUUCCUCACUCUGCGGCCCUGACCACCGGCAGCUUGGGCCCUGCCCCGCUGCCGGCGGCACCCUAGGUUAGGUUUUUUAUAAUGUGUUUAUAUGUAUUUUUUAUUGUUUUGUAAGUGUUUUUAUAUUUUACUUUUAUAUUCAUAU